AUGAUGAGCGCCGCAUCCUUCUUAAAUCCUUUGGGCGACCGCCCUCCUCAAUACCGCACGCCCUCCCCUCCGCGACGCGCCGUCGAACCCAUCACUCCCUCCACCUCCGAAUUUCGCACGCCGUGGAACGAACGCAGCGUCACUCGGGCUGCAAGCCUUGAUCGUGACCAGCGUCCAUCAAAUCAUACUCGAACUAUCACUACCGAUGCUGGUUCACAUCACCGGUCGGGCCAUGGCCGGUCCAACUCGACCAUUGACACCCUUGCAACGAUCGCUCUCGCAACGAGCCCAACCUUUGCACCGCUCUCAUAUCGCCCGCCCUCUCCUGUUUCUCGCUUUAAUAUGCCUCUAUUCCCCACCGAAAACAACUCCGAACGUCCGGCGAAGCGUGCCCGAUCAGAGCGAGACCCAUCACCGGAUCGGUCUCGGGGAAUCCCACCUUUCAACUCUCACUCUGCCUUCAUCAACAGCAUGCAAACCGAUGCAGAGCUUUUACUGAACCUCGCCCGACCCACCAACUUCCAGCCCAGUAACCACACAAAACGAGUCAGCAUUGAUGAGUCUAAUAAUCACUACGGAGGCGAGUCAAUACGGCAUACUCGGGUUGGGUUUGUUGGUGGGGAUCUGAAUGGACUGCAGGGCGGGAAACCCUCAUACCAAGAUGAUAAACUUCCCCCGCAGUCACGCAUGAGGUCCCGCUCUGAUGGAUCUGCCUUCAUUUCGCGCCCCGUAAUCCGUGGUGUACGUCCAACCACCAGUGCAGGGACAUUACCCCCAAUUGUUUGGGAAGAUGAAAUUGACCAAAGUCUUCCGAUGGACGAGCCCCGUUACCCUGAUCACAGUGAACGCCGACUUUCCUUAGCCGGUGAUCUUAACUCUCACAACAAAACACCUGAGUCUAUUCCCAAAGUCGAAGACGAAGAGAGCGACACAAAUCAAGCCAGCUGCGCUGCAUGCCACUUGGUACGAAUUCCAGUGGAAACCGAGGAGCAAGACGAAGAUACAUGGAUUGGCUGCGACGGAUGUAAGCGCUGGUUUCAUAUUGUGUGCGCUGGCUUCAAGAACGACCGGGAGGUGCGCACAGUAGAUAAGUUCAUUUGCCGUGCGUGUCGAUCUGUCUACGGCCAAACGACAUUUGUCCGCAAGUCAUCCCGUGCUCGUACCGCAAUUGACUAUGCGGGCUUGAAUCAAGGUCUUGUCAAGGCGGCCACUGACUCCGUGGAGCAUCAUUAUCUGGAGCCUAUUCGUCAAGGGAAAAUUCGAUUCCAACCUGAAAAGUUUCCUCGUAUGAAGCCUGAACUAGUAACGGCCGAAUACUUUGAAAGGGGCCAUGGGUGGAAUGAACCUAUCGUCAUACCGGCCUGCUGGAAUAGCCGCGACCCUGUCCCAGAGUUGGAUGCGAACUUGGAGACCUUAGUACAUGAAGCUACAACCCAGGAGAUGUUUGAUGAUUUACUGGAUCAUGUAUCUGAGGAAUCAACAGACGUGGAAGAAAGGCUAGAUUUUGGCCAAGACCAGUUGGACAUGGUUAUCCCUCAAGGGUUGACCGUUCGCGCCGUGGCCGAGCUCUAUGGCCCCGAGGAGAGAGUUGAAGUGAUAGAUGUGAAGUCGCAGCAAGGAGAAGACAAGCGAUGGAACAUGCAAAAAUGGGCCGACUACUACGAAAGCUCUGAGCCUAACAAGCCAGUGAGAAAUGUUAUCAGCUUGGAGGUAUCGCAAAGCAAGCUCGGCCGCCUAAUUAAGCGACCUAAAAUUGUCCGCGAUCUAGAUUUACAAGAUGCCGUAUGGCCCGAGGAGCUUAAGGCUAUUGGCGACUACCCCAAGGUCCAAUUUUAUUGCCUGAUGUCCGUGGCCGACUGUUACACCGAUUUCCACAUCGACUUUGGUGGAUCCUCGGUCUAUUACCACAUCCUCAAGGGCAAGAAAACCUUUUUCUUCAUUCCCCCAAAAGACAAGCAUUUGAAGAAAUAUGAAGAGUGGUGCAAUUCCCCAGCGCAAGAUUCAAUAUUCCUUGGCAACCAGACCAAAGAAUGCUACCGCGUGGACCUCUCUGAGGGCGACACAAUGUUAAUCCCAUCAGGCUGGAUACAUGCCGUGUGGACCCCAGAGAACAGUUUAGUCAUUGGAGGCAACUUUCUGACACGACUGAACUACGGCAUGCAGAUCAAAAUUCUCAAUAUCGAGAAGGAGACCAAAGUUCCCAAGAAAUUUCGGUAUCCAUUCUUUCAGAAGAUUCAAUGGUAUACAGCGCUAAGGUAUCUGGAGGAUGACCCUGUUCCGCAAAAUGUGCUAGAGGCUUUUGCCCAGGAUGAAAAUUAUCGUCUGUAUCGUCAUUAUCCCAUAUACUACGAGUUUGGGGAACGCCUCAACCAGGAGCCCACAAGCUCCCCUUAUCAUAAUGCUCGGUUCUAUUCCCAAGCUGAGCUAGAGGGACUCCCCGAGCUAACAAAGUAUCUUUUGCGGACUGCUCUCAUUGCAAGUUCUUACAAUAUCGAGGGAGUUACAGCGGACACGCGGAAUGCGGUUCGACGGUCUAUUCCAAAGGGUGUCGGAGACCCCGUGGACGUGAUCCAGAGAUUCGGCAUUUGGGUUGCAUGGAAACGUGGCAAUGAGAAAGCCCCUCAAUGGACUCGCCCCGGCGUCAUAGAAAGCAACCCCAAGGUCUCACUUGCAGAGAAGCGACCAGCUGGUCGGCCUAGUCGGCGAUCCGAACGCAAUGCGGACAGUCAUCGCACCUAUGCCGAAAGACAAGCAGUCCAGCGCCCGUCCGAGGACAUUACUGCUUCUCCUAUACCCCCAACCGUGAAUACCGCUCUGGCGCAGUCUGAGAGUGAAGUACCUGCCUUGGUUGACACAAUCUCCGAUAUUUCUGCUCAGGACCCAGUCACCCCAAAACCACGAACCGCGCCACGUGGUUCGGGUCUUGGGCCGAAGCGUGUUGCUUGCGAUGCUUGUCGUAGGCGACGUAUCAGAUGUCGUCAUAAGGAUGAGUCAAAUGAGUGGAUUCAGGGCCGCUCAAUGGCGAUCAACGGAUUUGGACCGGGAUCGGGUGUUAAUACCCCCUCAUCUUUGGCCCAAGAUGCUGUCUCUGCACUGAACUCUUUAGCUGCCAUCGCUUCUCAGGCUGGAUUCCAAGCCAAUGGCGUGGCAGGGUUAGAGCGGUUUGAUGGCCCAGCAUUCCAUUCAACGGUUAUGGGCACGUCCACGGCCGCGGUCAAUAGGAUGAACGAUGUGAGCCCUGACGGUGCCAGCGGCGGUAAGAAAGGCCGGAGCAAAGCAUGUGAUGAUUGUCGCAAAAGCAAGCGCCGUUGUAUUCAUGACGAACGGGGAAAUAUUGACCCAAUCAAAGCUCAAGAGCGGUCCAAGCCCCGCGGUACGGCGUCAGCAAAGCGCCCUCGGCCAAGUGAAGAGGAUGGUAUGCCCACUUCUGCUAAGAAAACAAAGCAAGAGAGCACAUCCCCAGUAUCACACUCGGUAUUUUUUGGCCAAGGGGAAGGCCCAGGUGAAGUCACGCAGGCAAUGCCUGUCACGGCUUUUGAUGAUGAUCCUGUCGCCUAUGGUGUUAUCAAUCAACUUCUAAACAAACCGACCCAGGAUGGCGAACAGCAUAUUGGCCAAGUCCUGUAUGCGUCGCCCCCUGUUUUCCAUGCUGACUCGAUGGAUGUGAAGGAUGUGAACUCCAUGUCUGUUUCUUCCAAACCAACUGCCUCCUUAGUAUCCCCACCCACGUCGCUGGCCGACGAAACGGAUGUGGUACAAGAUGGUGAACCAUUGGCAUCCGUCGAGGGCGAGGCACAUACCGCACUUCACACACCCAACUCCAGUUCCCGCCAUUCAUCACGGCAGCCUCGCCAUGUUGAUCGAUUUGCACCGGAGGCUUCCGCAGUCCGGCCCAACAAGCCAGCAAAUAAACCAGCAUCGUCUCAUAUACGCCGAACCACACCGGGAUUUGCUAGCUCAUCCAAGAAACCCGCAUCACGCCCAUCAUCCUCUCAUGCAAAGAAAAGUUCACCGAUGGUUGAACGAACUUUUGAUCGUCAUGCGACUACUUCAUUGUCUCCUCACCAAUCGAAGCAUUUGAAGCACCAACUCGAGGAAGGAGAUGCAGACGCCGAGAGCCUUCGUCUCAUUCGAGAGCUUCAAGAAGAGGAGUUUGGCUUGCGAAGACGACGAGGCUAA